CAAGAAGGAUUUAAAAAUGUUAUUAAUAAGAAACUAAGAAAAGACAAGACAAAAGAAUAAGAAGGACGUGUAAUUGUAUGUGAUAUCACAUUUGAAUUGUUAUUUGACGAAUAUUUUAAGAAAUUCUAUAAAUAUAUAACUAGUAGCCGAUUGGUUAGCUGGUGUGCCCUUUUUCACGAACAAUCAUUUAGCACGCGCGAUAUUUAAUUUCUCUAUUUGUAUUGAAGUAUUAUUCCUCGAAGAUGUUUAAUCUUGUAGGACCUACUAAUAUAAUAGGUGGAUGGGUGACUAAUCUAUAUUAAUAUGUCAUAUAAUCGUCACCAAUGGUUUAACGUCGUAUGGAUCUCCUUUGCCGACGACGUCCUACUUACGAAAGUGACUGGCGCGUAUAAUCUGGAGAGAUUGAAGAGCGCCAUCAUAUUCAACAACAACAACAGCCUUCCUUUAAAAAAAGGUUCCCGGAGAAGACUAUCCGAAUAAAACUGCAAUGCUAAAAUAGAACAAAUGGGAGAAGAAAAGACGUUGAAAAUGUGGUGAAAGAAGAAAUGAGAAUAAAGAUACGAGGAGCCAAGUUAGAAGAAAAAGACAGGGAAGAAUUCAAGAAGAAGAAGAAGAAGGAGGAGGAGAAGGAAGAAAGAAGAAGAUUUUGAAGAAUUAAGAAGAAGAAGAAGAAAAAGAAGAAGAAGAAUAAUUAAGAAGAAGAAAACGAAGAAGGAGGAGAAUUAAGGAAGAAAAAAUAAUAAGAAGAAGCCUAUACAUGUUUAUAUUUUAAUGAAGAAAAUGUCGUAUUAGACAGAAUAAAACAACAAAUGCAUGAAAUAAAAUAUAUGAUUUAAUAUAAAAUGAGUAACCAAAAGGAUCUACCACCGUCAUCUUCUUUUUCUUCAAUAUUGAGGUUGAUGGCUAAUGGGGCAAAUGCACCAUAACCUACAUGUGACCUUAUUUUAGCUGAUGAGUCAUUAUCAUGCUAAACAUUAGUCUUGACUACUAAUUAUAUCAAUAACACUUCGAUGAAAAAAAAAUGCAAAUAUGAUAAUGGAAUUAUGAUUCUCGAUAUGAAAAAUAAUUGUACUAAUAGUAUAUAAAUAUACCUGUCGCAUGGUCAUUUAUCACGUAUUUCACGUAACUGAGCUAUCGGACGAUGUCAUUCAGUCCACUCACGUGUAUUUAUCGUGUGGUCGACUACAUUAUUUUAAAAGGGAACCUAUCCAUUACCGUACAAGCUUAUGAGCUUUGAACCUUAUCAAAUUAUUUGUUUAAGUUUUAAUUUACAUAGACAUUACAGACAUAUUUAUUCUAUUACAUAAAAUAAAAAUAUUUUGUUAUCAUAAUUACAAAAAAUUGUAAUUAUUCUAAAUUCAUUAAAUUAUGUAACAUUUAAGAUUCAGACUCUACCCAUAAAUAAUGGUAGAGUCUAAAAAGCCGGCAUAUAUCAUCAGCUGUGCGUUACCUUUGACCGUAACUGUAAUCAUACCACACAGUGAUAUAACUGUCUGAUGAGGAGUGAGGUGGAGUUCUCCAUUCAAACUCUAAAUAUUACUUUUAUUUUGUGAUCACCGUGAAUCUGAGCUGAAAAUGGCGGCUGAAUCUGUGCUAAAUGGUCUACCAAUUAUGGAGAAUGGAACUGGUAGUGGAAUGGGAGCUUUUGAGGAAGGAUGGAGGUACAUGACGGCAAAUUAUUCCAGGUUUCAAAUCGCAACGUACAUGUCGGCAUGCCUUCAUAUCUGCACCUACUUUAUCUUCUGCACCCCUGCGUUCAUCUUCCAGUUUUUCCGCUUCAUGGACAGAUACAAGAUACAGCAGGAUAAACCAGCGACAUGGGACCAGGAAUGGAAGUGUUUCAAGCUUGUCAUUGCAAACCAAGUUCUGAUCCAGACGCCAUUCUUCUCAGGGGCAUACUUCUACUGCCAAUACAUGGACGUGCCCUUUGAUUAUGAAUCCAUGCCAGUUUGGUACAUGACACUUGCCCAAUGCUUUGGUAGUUUAGUACUUGAGGAUGCCUGGCAUUACUUCCUACAUAGAUCCCUCCAUCAUAGAAGCAUUUACAAGUACAUCCAUAAGAUUCAUCACAACUUCCAGGCUCCUUUUGGAAUGGUAGCAGAAUAUGCUCAUCCGCUUGAGACUAUGAUUCUUGGAAUGGGUUUCAUGUGGGGUAUCCUCCUGUUCUGCAAUCACCUGAUCUUCCUGUGGUGCUGGAUGUGUAUACGUCUCAUUGAAACCAUCGAUGUCCACUCAGGAUACGACUUCCCCAUCAAUCCACUCCAUCUCAUCCCAUUCUACGGAGGUGCUAAGUUCCAUGACUUCCAUCACAUGAACUUCAACGGCAACUACUCCUCAACGUUCACCUGGUGGGAUAAGAUCUUUGGAACGGACAUCCAAUACAAGGAAUAUUACAGCAAGCUGGAAGAGAAGAACAGUGGAAAGAAAGUCGAUUAAAGUCUGUUACUCUUGGACUAAGCACUGCAGCGGGAGAAGGAAAAAAAAACAUCAUAGGGGAUAUAAAACAUCCUUGUGAAAACACAGUUUCCUAAAGGAUGUUUUGGGGAAUUACAGUGUAUCUGCAGAGAGAAAAAAGGAGGAAGAUUCUUUACUUUUUCAAAUGAUUGAACAGAACCUUUAUGAUGGAAAAGUAACUUAAUUUAAGUAGACCAAUGAAUUCUCAUUAAUAAUAGCACUCGAGUAAUUCAACAUUAUUUAUUUGCUUUUCCAUAAUUUAUCAACAACGUUAAAAGCUAUUACAUGACUGAUACUGAGAAAGUCGUAAGUGGAAUAGAGUGUAUAAAAUAAUCAAGUAAAUGACGAACAGUUGAGCAAAAUUAUCUUCUUGAUUGGUCGCUAGGGUACAUUUUAUGUCGAAUUUGCCAUCUAUGUUUGAAAAGGUUGAAAUGCAAUAUUGAUGGAUGCGUUGGUUCUCUGUGAAGUUGCGAUGCAUGUCGUGCUUGCUCGAUAUAUGCGUCAAAUAAAGCGGAAUCAAGGCAUGAAACUGGCAUAUACCAUGGUUUUAAACCAUGGAUUCUAAAUUAUGUUGGGCGUAUAAAGGUCAUACCAAUAAACGUACACGGUAGCAACACUUAACGAAACUGCUAAGUGUCACUGCCCUUGUCCUCUCAAAAUUCUAAGCCAAUUAUACAUGUAGGUAUCGGUCUCUGUAACUUAUGGUUAAUUGAGGUAUUGAUGGAACAUGGGUAAAUAUUGACAAAGCUUUCAUUUAUUUUGGAUGAGCACUAACACUCCCUUUAAAGAAUCCUGUGGUAUUCAAAUUCAGAGAAACAAAGACCCUACUUAGACUGGGGGAGCAUUUCAUGAACAUUUUUGUCUGACAACUUUCCUUGAUUUUGAUUGGCUUAGGACUGUUACUGUGAAAACUGUCAGAUAAAACAUUGGACAAGUCCUUUCAUGAAACACUCCCCAGGUGACAAGAAUGAUUGGAUGUCAGCGAUCAAUUUUACAAUUCAUUUGUUGUCCACUUUGACACACUGGCUAUUGUUUGUAUUUGGGCUACUGUCAAGCACCGAUGAUAAUAAGCACUUAGUUGCCAUUCAAUGAAUGUGGGAAAUAGAAUAUUUUAAAUGCAUGAGUAAUCAUCAAAUCACAAAAGCUCAUGUCAGUGAAUUUGAAAACCACAUUGAUAAUUCAUCUCAAAUGACCUUUUACUGCUCAUGCACAGAAUUCAUUUGUGAACUAGUCUAUUCAAAGUGCAUGAUGUUUGAUGUUGCAAUGUGUCAUAUAUUUGUAGAUGCAAUGUAAUUUGCAGUCAGAUUGUACCAAAUUAUACUGAAUAAUUUGAAACAACAUGAUUGUAAUAAGUGAGUGGAAGUUAAUGGGAACUUACUCUAUAGAUGUACUGCUUGCUGAAUACUUAAAUUGUCUGCACUCCAUAUUUUUUUCAUGAUUCUUCAAUUUAUUAUGUGUUGUGAGAUAAUGCUCAUGAUAGGAUUUUGCAGUUGAGGAAUUCAAUUCCGUUUUUUUAAAGCGUGUUGUUGUACAAAGUACAUGACACUUAUUUUCUUAUUUAUAUUCCUGUAAAGGAUUUUUUUUCUCUUUCCAAUUUUCAUUUAUCUUUAUAUUUUGUUAGUAUUGUGCAACAUAGAUAUUAUCCACCUUUUUUAUUAGAAUGAACACAAUUGUUGCAUCACAGUUAUUUCAAAUUUCGUAUCUAGUUGUUUAUUCGUCCAUUUGCUACGUUGCAAUACAAUAUUCCCCUUUCUAUUGAAAAUCAAUGUAGGAAGUCAGUUGUUGUGCAAUUGCGGUUGCAAGAAAUGUAUUCUUGUAGGUAAGUUUGCCUUGCGCCCUCUUUUGAUUUGACUAGGUUAUAUCCUGACCUGUAGUUUUCUAAUAUGGAUAGAUUACGAACAGGUAUGAGUUUUUAAGGCAAAUAUGCAGUUAUGGGCAUUGAAUUUGUGUUCACUUAUGUGCACAGAAUGUGAAGGGGGGGGGGGGGGUAGUUGUUGGGUAUGGUUUUAUUGCAAGUUUUUUUUUUUUCGUCUAUCUGUUUCGUGGUUGACCAAUAUUGUGAAUAUGUAUAUUUGUAUAAUUAGAAGCGAAUGUGCAACGUUUGCAAAAGUUUACAUUAAAUUGAAAGAAAUCAUUUA